AUGCAUGAUGGGAGAGUUAAGGAUCUUAGAGGCGUGAGGCAUGUUCCACAACUUAAGAGAAAUCUUAUAUCUCUUGGGAUGUUAGACCGUAAGGGUUUUCGAUUCCAAGGAGGGGAUGGAGUUUUGCAUGUGGUGAAGGGUUCUUGUGAGUUACUUCGUGGCGUGAAGUCAGGUGUGGGUAACUUGUAUGAUUUGCAGGGCAUUUUAGCAGCUCAAGGUAUUCGAAACGACCUCAAAAAGAUCGAGAACAAGCUGAUUGCUAUUCGCGCUGUUCUGCAAGAUGCAGAAAGUAAGCAAUAUGAUAGUGAGGCUGUCAAGAUUUGGCUGAAAGAUCUCAAAAAUGUUGUGUAUGAUAUAGAUGACCUCUUGGAUGAAGUUCACACUGAUCUGUUACGAAAGAGAAUCAACAAAAGCCAUCUGCUUCGACAAAUCAGGUACUAUCUUUCAUCCUCGAAUCCAAUUCUGAGUAAUUUUUAUUGGAGUGAUAAGAUUAGAGACCUUGUUCAAAGAUUUGAUGACAUUGCUGCUAAUAGACGAGAUCUUGGAUUGGAUGGUCAUGAUCCAAUUGAAGUAUACAACAUUGAGAGGAAUCCUUUAGAUGCAUAUUCAUAUGUGAAGAAAUCAGAAAUUUUUGGUAGAGAUGAAGCUAGGUCCGAAAUAAUUAGACGUUUAACCAGUAGUACUAGUGUUGGAGAUGCUAGUAGGUUGGUUGUGCUUCCGAUAGUUGGGUUUGGCGGGAUUGGGAAAACAGCAUUGGCAAAGCUUGUUUUUAAUGAUGAGUGGGUUGCUAGUAACUUUGAUAUUAAGUUGUGGGCAUGUGUCUCUGAAAAAUUUGAUCUGCAGAAGACUAUAGAAGAAAUUUUGAAUUCUGUAAGUAAUGAAACCACUGCAAACCUCAACAUGAGACAGUUGCAUGAAAAACUCCGUGAGAUAUUGGAUGGUCGGAAGCAUUUCCUUGUGCUGGACGAUGUGUGGAUCGAGGACAUCAAAGUAUGGAGAGACUUGGAGAAUUUGGUAGCUGUAAGUGAGAAAGGAAGUGUAAUUUUGGUUACUACAAGAAGUGACAUGGUCGCAUCAACAGUUGGAAAUGUUGAUCCAUAUUGUUUGGAUAAUCUUCCUGGUGAUGUUUGUUGGUCUAUAUUCAAGCAACUGGCAUUUAGAGAGGGUGAAGAAACUAGAUACCCAAACCUUGCUACAAUUGGGAAAAGCAUUGUUGAAAAAUGUGGCGGGGUUCCUCUGGUUGUUAAGGUUCUUGCAAGCCUGUUACGCAGUGAAAGGAACGAGAAAGAAUGGAGGCGAAUUUCUGAAACAAACAACUUUAUGAACUUACAUCUUCAACAUAAUGACAUCAAACAAGCUUUGAGAGUGAGCUACAAUAAACUCCCAUCUCAAUUAAAAGCAUGUUUUUCCUAUUGUUCAUUAUUUGUGAAGGAUAGCAAGCUUAAUCCUCGUAUUUUGUCAUGCCUGUGGAGUGCACUUGGAAUCUUGCAACGAGGUAACGACAAUGAAGAGUUAGAAUCUAUUGGAUACAAGUAUUGUGAAGACCUAUUGUCAAGAUGUCUUCUUCAGGAUGCAUUUCUUGUGUUCACUGAAACUAUAAGUGAAUGUAGAAUGCACGACUUAUUCCACGAUUUAGCAACUGACCUUGUUGGAGAAGAGAUAGCUGUUGUGACCAAUAAUCAUCUUAAUGUUUCAGACAUGUGCAGACAUUUAGUAUGGGGAUAUGAAGGAGGUGAAGGUUUAUCAGAUAAGAAUUUCCCAAAAGAGCUACUCAGAGCAAAGAAGGCUCGAACUUUCAGAUUUGGCUAUGCAAUGGGCUAUAUUAGCAAGUCAUUUAUUGAAAGUAUUAUACACAACUUCAGGUGCUUACGUGUGUUGGAUUUGCAUCAGAGUAGCUUCGAGGAGUUGCCAAUGUCAAUUGGGAAGUUAGAACAUCUAAGAUAUCUUGACCUGUCCUACAACCCAAUCAUCAAAUUUCUUCCAAGUACACUAUGCAAGUUGUUGAAUCUACAAUCGUUGUAUAUUCCAGGGUGUGAGCAGUUACAAGAGCUACCCAGAGAUAUUGACCAGUUGGUAAGCCUAAGGUAUUUAUCUGUGACUAUGAAUCAAGUGAGCUUAGCUAGCACCAAAUUUAAUGGCUUAAGUUCUCUAGGACGACUAGAAUUAUACUCGUGUAAAGAAUUAACAACUUUGUGGAAUGGAUUUUCUUUUCAAUUCCACACUACCCUGGUAGAGCUUCACAUUGUUAAUUGUCAGAAAUUGAUUUGUCUUCCUGAUAGCAAAAAAUACCUUGUUGCCCUUGAGACAUUGAUCAUUCGUGAUUGUCAAGAGCUUGAUUUGGAGAAAGGGAACAACCUAUGUGGGCUUCAAAGCCUUCGGACCUUGGAAAUUACCGGUGUUCCAAAGCUAGAACGUUUACCAGAUGGCAUCCAUUCUGCUGCAAGUUCUCUUCAAUAUCUCUGGAUUGAAGGCUGUGCAGGACUGACUACACUUCCAAAUUGGUUGCAGCAUUUCACUUCACUUAGAAGAAUUCUUCUUUUCAGUUGCAUAAAUAUAGUAGCUCUCCCGGAGGGAUUUAGCCAGCUUCAUUGUUUGCAGAAGCUACAGAUUAAGAAUUGCCCCCAUCUUAGUAAAAGAUGUGCAAGACAUACAGGAGAAGAUUACCAUCAUAUCUCUCGCGUGCCUGAAGUUUACCUCUAUGAAUAAUGCAUCCAUGUUACCCUCCUAUCUCUUGCGUGCCUGAAGUUUACCUCUAUGAAUAAUGCAUCCAUGGGAAUGGGAUAGACACCCUCUCAUUUGUUCCCUCCCUUUCCCUUCCUUCCCUACUCCGUUUCCACUUAUCCAAACAAAGUGUUAAGGCUUUUUAAGGUUCCUCUACGUUUUGUCUAUACACCAUGAUCAUACUUCCUUUUGUAUUCGAGAGUACAAACACUGUUUAGUGACAAAUUACCAAAUGUAUUAUUCAAUGUAUUUCUAGAUCAAAGUUAUGCUUC